AUGACUGGCUCUGCAAUUCGCGUGUUCCGCCAGAUCGGAGAUAUCCGGACGUUUCGCCGCGAUUGCUGGAUGAAGAACUUGUCGGUGGGGUUUGUGCCCACGAUGGGAUACCUUCACGAGGGCCAUUUAUCCCUCGUUAAGAAAUCGCUCGAGGACAACGACGUCACUUUGGUUUCAAUCUUUGUGAACCCGGCCCAGUUCGCCCCCACCGAGGAUCUUGAUGCAUACCCUAGAAAUCUGGGCCGCGAUCUCCAGCUGCUGGACUCCAUUGUCUCGGACGACAAACUCAGACGGGUGGCCGGAGUGUUCACCCCAUCUGUUUCCGAGAUGUACCCAAGCGGGAUUCCUCUGGAUCCUUCUAAGCAGGAGGGUGCCUUUGUCACUGUUGCUGGGGUUUCUGAACAGUUGGAGGGCCAAUCAAGACCACAGUUUUUCAGAGGUGUGGCUACCGUGGUCACCAAGCUGUUCAAUAUCGUCCAGCCCACAAUCGCCUAUUUCGGCCAGAAAGACAUCCAACAGUCCAUUGUGAUUAGACGCAUGGUUUCCGAUCUGCUGGUCGACACAAAGAUCGAUGUCGGAGCCACUGUCCGUGACCAAACAGGACUGGCUCUGAGCUCCAGAAACUCCUAUUUAAGCGACGAGGUCCGCUCGCAGGCUUGUGUCUUGUACCGUUCAAUGAUGGAUGCACGCCAAGCGUUCUUGAACGACAAAAGCGUCACCGUGGCAAGCCUCAAAUCGCAGAUACAAAACCAGAUCGCUUCCGUCAAUGACAAAUUUACUAUUGACUAUGUGGAGUUUAAUUAUACAGACAACUUGGAAUAUCUGGUCGACAAUGCCACCAUUGACGAAGCCCGCGAGUGUGUGCUGAGUCUUGCUGUUCGUGUUCCUAAUAGCAACACCGAAAACGUCGGCACCACCCGGUUGAUCGAUAACAUUCUGUUCAAGAAAUAA